UGCGGGUGCGGGGAGAGGCGCCGAGGCGGACGGUGCGGUGUCCCCGGCCCCGCAUGACAGCGGCAAUGGACUACCUCACCUGUGACCACUGCAAGCGGCUCCGCCUGAAGGAUCGAAAAGUUAAAAUACCUCGCCCAAUUGGUCAGGGUCCAAGUUCCUUCAUUCCAGCCAAAGAGAUUCUACAGGAAGGUCUAGAAGACGCUGAAAGACAACUCUUUAUUGAAGCCUUUGUCUCCACUGGCCGAGUGGACAAUGUAACCAUGGUGAUGGGUUUGCACCCACAGUAUCUUGAAAGCUUUUGGAAAACUCAGUACUAUCUCCUGCAGAUGGAUGGUCCUCUGCCCUAUCACUAUAGACAUUACAUUGCUUUAAUGGCUGCUGCCCGACAUCAGUGCCUCUACCUUGUCGGCCUUCACAUCAGUGAAUUCCUUCAAGUUGGUGGUAACCCCGAGUGGUUAAAUGGGUUAAACUUUGUGCCUCAGAAAAUGAGAAACCUCAACGAAAUCAACAAAAUCUUGGCCCACAGACCGUGGCUGAUCACAAAAGAACACAUUGAGAACCUGCUGAAGACGGGUGAAAACAGCUGGUCGCUCGCUGAGCUUAUCCAUGCAGUUGUUCUCCUCACACAUUACCACUCGCUGGCUUCCUUUGUUCUGGGUUGUGGUAUCAGGCCUGAACUUGACCAGGAUGGUGGCUACACAUUCAGAACUCCCUCUCCAGGUAGCUGUGACUCGGACAGUUCCAGUAGCAGUGGGUCAGAGGAAGCUGUAAAUGGCAGUGCAAGCAGAGAGGGUCUGCGUGAGCUGGCGGUUCUCAUGGAGAAAAUGAAACUGCUGCAGAAAGGCCGACACAGUGAAGAAGCAAGUCAGGAAGAGAAGGCAUCGCGCUUUGAAAAUGAGAAGCGGGAAAGUUUGUUUGUAGCACCUGCAGGUAAAACGUUAGAGCAACCUUGCUCAACCAACUUAUCGUGCUUUGUUGAAGAUGCAGAUUUUGGGUACAGGAUUUCAGCCGGCGUGGGGAGCAGCCGCCUACCAACGUUCCGGGCCCAGGAUUACUCCUGGGAGGACCACGGAUACUCCUUAAUUAAUCGGCUGUACCCUGAAGUUGGCCAACUCUUGGAUGAGAAGUUUCAGGUUGUGUAUAAUUUAACCUAUAACACCAUGGCCAUGCACUGUAAUGUUGACACCUCCAUGCUGAGAAGAGCCAUUUGGAACUAUAUCCACUGUGUGUUUGGCAGAAGAUAUGAUGACUAUGAUUAUGGAGAGGUCAAUCAGCUUCUGGAACUUAGCUUGAAGAUCUACAUCAAGACUGUAGCUUGUUAUCCAGAGAAAACAACCAAGAGAAUGUACGCUGGCUUCUGGAGACACUUCAAACAUUCAGAAAAAGUACAUAUAAACCUCCUGCUUCUCGAAGCUCGGAUGCAAGCUGCAUUACUGUAUGCACUGAGGGCCAUCACUCGGUACAUGACGUGACUGCAUCGAACAGUUGGAUGACAGUGGCUCCUUUUUAGACAUUCUCAUCUCUGGGAUCACUGGAGUGUGGAAACCCUGUACAAUUCAGCCGAUUCCUAACAUUUGAAAUACAUUUUAGAAUAAAAUUUUCUAACUUUGAGCUGGUGGUGGGGAGGGGGGAUAACAACUUCAGUGUUUCUUUUGCUAUGUUCUGUACAUGAUGAAUGGUGUUGAGGGUUUGAACUCAAACCCAAUGCAUUAAAUUCUCCCAGUGGCCACUGCCUGGAGCACUGCAGUCUUGAAUGUAUUCUGUAGAACUGUGAAACCAGGGUGUUGUGACACAGGCUAUUUUGUGGAUCAAUACUUCUCACUGGUCUUGUAUUUAUGUUGCCACUGUUUGAUUAUUCAAGAUAUUUUUUCAUUGUACCCUUUGUUUGAAUUACCAAAGCUGACUGAACCAGAUGGCAUGUCACGUCUGGUGUGGGGGGUGUGACCAGAAUGGGCUAGAGAAAAGCUGCUGGAUUCCAAGUGUGGAACUCCUGAGUGACAAUUGUCCCGUUCUGAAAUAAGUUCCCCAAGUACAUCAAAUGGAUUUUCCCCUUUCGUUGUUAAUUGAUCCAAAGCCAUUAAAUAAUGCAGAAAACCAGUCUUCCCCCAAAGGCAACUUUGCAACUGUCAUCAUGGCCUGUUAGAUAAAGGUGGCAUGUUAUAGAAUAGCAAAGGAUUAACAGAUUAACAAUAUGGUACUGCCUCACUAUACCCUGAAAGUGCUAGCAGUUGUUUCCGGUACAAUAGAUGGGAACGGGCACUGCAGUUGAAGGUAAAUUUUGUCCCUGCUUUCAGGUUAAUUCACAAAGUUGCAUCUGUGGCACACCCAAGCAUUAUUGGGCAUUCUCUCGCAUUUAUAUUUGGGGUUUUAAAAUGAACAAAAUUCUUGCUCGAAUGUAAAUGAAGAAAAUGUUUAAACCAUUCCCAAAAAUCCAGACUUUUGUAAAGAAUUCUUGAUGCCUUGAUUUGCACACUUUGUCCUGUUUGAAACUCUUGUUUCUAUUUUUUUUUUUUGCACAUACUGAUCAUUUGGAUGGGUAUUGUUACUGCACUAAACAGUGUUCCUACUUAAAAUUCUGUUUGUACUUAACAAUUACCAUUGUUUUUGUGUAAUAGAAUUUCUUAGCCAACACCAGCAUAAGUUUUUUUUUCCUUUUUCCCUUUAAAACAAAACAUUUGUCUCAUUGAUGGGUAUGGGGGAAGAGAAUGUUUUAAUUUCCAGGUGCAAUCCUAUCUUCCCCUUGAAUAUACUGUGACCUUAAAGCAGUUCAGAUUGGGCAAGGGUUGUUCUGAACUAUUGUCAUCUCAGUGGGGUCCUUAGAUGGUCUGAGGGAUGCUCACUCAAUGGCAAGUGGUUUGUGGUGUCAUUUCUAAACUAAGUUCCCCUGAAAUUUGGAUCGGCUUUGCUUUGAAAGUUGAAGCCCAAAGCAGGUGUAAGGUGACUUAGCUUUUGGUAUAAUGAUAUAUGACAAUGAACAUCCAAGGAGGAGAAGUAAGGGUUAACAUUGGACAAUCAGUGUGGGAUUGUUCAAAAUCAGUCUGUAUUGCUCAAAACCCAUAAAUAGUGGGAAAUGAUGCACAACAAACUGAAUAAUUUACAAUGUACUUUUUAUGCUAAUAAUUUAACACUAAAGUUAUCUGCUGGCCCAGUAACCCUUUUGUAGGCAUGUGAAUUUCAGUGGUUUCUUAUUCUCCAUUCAGUUUCAACAUCUUGUACAGAAUUGACAGUGCUGAAAGAUUACCAGCUAGGGAUGUUUGGACAUGCUGAGGCACACUUGCUAACCAAAAGUUUCCCUCUAAAGUUGGUGAUCAGCACUCUGGCAAUCUCAGAUGAAAGCUGCAAAUGAGGAAGAGGUUGACCUGACUUGCAGUAUGUCUGGUGUGGAAAUCCAUCCUCAGUUCAGGGUUUAUAAACCCCUUAACAAUUUCAAAUCUCUGAGCCGAAUCUCAUCCAGUUUAGUUUUAAGCAAUGAGAAAUCCUACAUUUUAAAGGCCACCUGACUGGAAGCAGUGACAUUUGAAUCUUUGAGCAUUGUUUUUAACAUACAACAGACUUUUGCUCUUUAAUUGAGGGUGUUCCUUUUCCUUGGGUGGAAGUGAUUUGAGAGAUUAGUGAUGUAUCAGUGAAGUGAGCACAAAUCCAAUCUGUAUAUCGAGAAAACAGACUUUCAAGUUCUGUCACUUGUAUGUAUGAAAGCUAUUUUUUUUCUGCCUGUGAAAAUCAAAGGUUCAGAUAUUACCAUCUGUUUGUGCUGCUUGAUUUGCUGUGUCUUUUGUAAAGAUGUUUAAAGAUGCACUGGGCUCUAAUGCACUCCCUUAUUCAUGAAAAAGUAAAGCUGCUUUAAGUUGAUGAAAUCACUUUCUAAUGUGUCUGCAUUGAGAUACAAUCAACACUGAUGCACUGAGCUGUAACUUCACUCUGGGCUGUAAGGUAACUCAUUCCCUCUUUUCUCGAAUAUCUUUCAUUUUUCCAUGGUUUAAUAUGCUGGUUUUUGAAUUUGUGGCUUGGUUAAAUUUUCAAGCAGUAGAUUGCCUUUUUUUAAAAUUCUAUAUAUACAACAACAGACCAGUUUGGGAAUCUCGUGGAAAGGCUCUAAGCCAGUUACCACUGUAAAUGUUGUCUGUUGCUCUACAUUGACCAGAAUGGACUGUUAACUUGCCUGCCUUCUACUCCAAACCACACAUUUCACUUGGUUUUGGCUGCCCUUGAGAAACAUUGAAUCUACCAAACCGUAUUGACUUAAUUUCAUGUUUUUUUUGUGAGAGCUUUAGAAGUUGCAACCUACUUUUGACUUUGAUUUCUUAAAAUAAAGAUACUUUUUUCAAAA